AUGGUAGAUGUAACCGAAAGAAUCAAAGCGAUUACUAACAAUUAUAAAAUAACGAAAAAAGAGUACAUCGAAACCUUCAUGAACAUAUGUCGCGAUUUGAAGUUAACGCCUACUUCUCAUAAAGAGACUAUCAAAAACGGAAGGCUAGAGUGUGCCAAAGUCUUGAAUGCUACAAUCAAGAAAAACAUUCUCAAAAUGUUUAUAGAUGCAGAUGGAUUGUCGUUGUUAUCUGAAUGGAUUACGGAUGCUUUGGAUCAAAUUGACGAAAAUCUCUUAAAGGAACUGGUCAAUGCUAUAAAGGAAAAGUUAAACAGUUGUGGUGGACUUACUGUUGCAAAUGUUAAAAAAUCAAAAAUUGGUAAAGCUUUAAAUUCGGUGUCCAAGUCAACCAUUAUUUCUAAACCAAUAAAGACCAGUGUUGAUGAAUUGAUUCAAGACUGGAAACAAAAAUUCGUGCAAGAGACCCCAUCAACAACAAGUGACUAA